CCUGCAUAACAUGUCCGGUUGUCACAAAAAAAUUGAAUUUUAACAGAAAAAAUCAGUAACGCUCGAGCCAUUAAUAUUUUUGUAAUUUAUGAAAUUAAAUCCGACAAAUCAAUAAUUUUUAUUUCAAUUUGGAUAAAUUUGAAUAUAACAAUUGGAUAUAUUUCUGAUGUACCAAUAUUACGCAAUAAUUGAUAUAAUCCAAUGGUACAUCCAUUUUACCUCAUUGGGCUUAAGUUGAAAUAGAAAAUAAAACUAGGCCUGCACAAGAUGAGAGCAGAGCAACCUCCCACUCGGUAAUGCUAGGAAGUUAUAUCUAAAGAAGGAAAAUACUGAAAUAUUUUAAACGAAACCAUUGGAAGUUUUGUAGGACUAAAUCGUAAUCAUGGCUUACCAUGUGAACAGAGCUAAGAGAAACAUAGCUAUGCACCACCGACCGAUGUGAACUGUCCCCUUUCAACUGUGAAACUUGGAUAGUUGACACGACCCCAUGACACUGCUUACUGCUGAAUUUCCCCAGAAAUGUUGCUGUCAAGUCAUCCCUCGUCAAUGUGGACACACCCAGCUAUACUUUUCUUUUUCUUGAGCCAUCAUGCGUCUGCAUUUGCCUGGUGAUCGAUAAACAAGUGCAGCAACAACUACUACACGAUGGCGCCAUGGCGAGGCCGAUGCGUGGCUGACCCGCCGAGGCCAAGAAUUGCGGUGCAAGGGUGUGGACAACAAGCAACGGGUAAAGAGCACACAUAGGGGACAUGAAUGAUGCACCGUGUGCACUCGGCUCCAUUUUUCCUCCCUCGCCGGCCACCACCUACUCUCUCCCCCUCCUCAAAGUCCUAACAAUUCCAAAGGGUUAGUGAGAAACUGUCUUCAACUGCAAGCAAGAAACACACUAGAAAUCUAAGGUCCAUGAUGAUCGUCUAGUGAUCGACCGGUUCCGUUCCGGCGAGUCGGUCGAUAAUGGAGCCUGCCAGAUACCGGUACGUGCCGGAUCAUGUCGGGGGCGGCGGAGGGUUGGAGGACGACGACGGCGAGGAGAGUGGCGGCGGGUGCUUCUUGGACGUGUACGUGCACGGCGCGCGCGGCAUCCACAACAUCUGCAUCUACGCGGACCAGGACGUGUACGCGCGCUUCUCGCUCACGUCCAGCCCGGGGCACGCGCCGGCGCUCUCCACGCGCGUGGCUGCCAGGGGCGGCGCCAGCCCGCGCUUCGACGAGCGCCUUCCGCCGUUGCGCGUCCGUCGGGGCAGGCUCGGCACCGACGCGCUCAAGUGCGAAGUGUUGAUGCGGAGCUGCGCCGAGAGCGUCCUCGAGGACCAGCUCCUCGGGUUCACGCUCGUGCCGCUCGCCCAAGUCGCGGCCACCGACGGCGCGGAGAUGGAGCGGCGGGAGUUCUCCCUGUCGUCCACGGAUCUCACCCACUCGCCCGCCGGCACGGUGAGCCUGUCCCUCGCCCUCCGCUCCGGCGGAGGCGACCCGUGCAUCGCGGGGCCAUCGGACCGCGCCGCGGCGGAGCCGUCGAUCACGUCGGAGGUGGUCAUCCUCGAGCCCCCAGCGCCGCCGGUGGACUACCUAGGUAUCGAGUUUCCUGACCUCAACACAGCCAAAGAGAACGACGACAUGGCCGUCCAGUACCUGCCGUUCUUGCACCUCGGGGUGGCGCCGUUUGACGCCAUGGAGAUGGUCACGAGCCCACGCGGCGAGAAUUCGAUGCCGGUGUGCUCAGACGGAAGCAAGAACGCCUCGACGACCACCACGACCAGCGACGACAGGGCGAUCGAUGUCUCCUCCUCGGCGGCGACAGAGAAGCCGCAUCGGCACGACGGCGCCCACGAGGCCACCGUGUCGGCACCGAUGUGCAGCGGCGCGCCGGACACGCCAACGUCCAACGGAGGGGCGGCGUCUGGCAAGGAGAAGGUCGGCGUUUUCAAGUCUCCCAUGGCCACGGGCGACGUCAUCGACAUGGAGGCGGAACAGAGCGCGAUGCAGCGGCAGAUCAUGGAGAUGUACGUGAAGAGCAUGCAGCAGUUCACCGAGUCGCUGGGCGCGAUGAAGCUGCCGAUGGAGCUCGAUGGAGACGGCGGCGCCGGGGUGGUCGUCCAGAGGGACGAGAAGAAGCCGGAGGCAGAGGCGAGGAAGGACGGGGCGAGGGUGUUCUACGGAAGCAGAGCAUUCUUCUGAAGAAAAUUACAAACAUUCAGAGAGUGUUCUGAAGACUAGAAUUAUUCAGAGUGUUGUGAAGAGACCUACUACGAUUAUUCAGAGUGAGGAAAAUCUGAUCUCUUCUUGCAAAGGUAUUGAUUGUUCAUCGUCGUUGUUGGCUUGCUUCGUUCGUUAAGACUAACUUGUGGAGUGGAAUGGAGUUUUGCGUGUGUCCUGCGCAAGCAGAGCCUUCUUUCUUCUGAAGAAGACUACAGUUAUGCAGAGUGUUCUGUAUAAAAACUGCGGUUAUUCAGAGUGAGGAAAAUCUGAUGUCUGCCUGCAAAGGCGCUGCUGCACUCAAUUACAGACUCCCACAGUACAUGUGAUAUGUCUUGCUAACAAGAGUAACAUGUGGAGUAGAAUGGAGUUUCAUGUGGGCAUCAGCCGGCUAGGCAAGAUUGCUUGGUCAGAUCUCCUCUGAACCUUCUUGAGGAGAGAGUGUGAACACUUGCAGAAAAGCUGCAGAUCACUGAUCAUUGAAGAA